UUCACUGCCCACAAUAUACAUACACCAAACUGUAUCUAUCACCUUCUCCCUUCCUCCAAUAUACAAAAAUCCCUUCACGGGCACGUCCCCUUUAUUUCUUGCAUCCAAUUUCUCUGACUUUUCUGGUUUCAGAGCAAACCAGGGUGGAUAGUUUCCUUCCCCGUUCAUUAAUGUUCCCGAAAUCUCAUCCCUCACGGGUUCCCUUUCAACCGCAUUUCCUCAAUUCCUACAAAUUAAAAUAAUUAAAUAUAUUCCUUCGAUUUCAGUUUCACCAUCGCUGCAUUCAUUUCUUACCGCCUCUGUAUUUUUGCUUUUUAGGUUUUUGUUAAUGGCAACGGUUCGAAAUGCUUUUUCGAUCCCCUGUUUUUCAGUUCUGUGCGUCGCCUGGAUGAUUUCCGGCGCGGCGGCGGAGGCGCCUUCGCCGGCUAAGCCGCCGUUCGCUUGCGACGUGGCGAACAAUCCAGGGCUGAGGAACCUCAGCUUCUGCGAUACGUCGUUGUAUUUGACGAGCCGAGUCGAUGACCUGGUGAGCCGGCUGACAUUGCCGGAGAAAAUCGGGUGGCUCGUGAAUAAGGCGACCGGCGUGAGCCGGCUCGGGAUUCCGAGCUACGAGUGGUGGUCGGAAGCUCUCCACGGCGUCUCGUACGUCGGUCCGGGGACGAGGUUUUCGUCCCUGGUCCCCGGAGCCACCAGCUUCCCGCAGGUCAUCCUCACCGCCGCCACCUUCAACGAGUCUCUGUUCGAAGCCAUCGGAAAGGUGGUUUCGACGGAGGCAAGAGCAAUGUACAAUGUAGGAUUAGCAGGGCUAACGUUCUGGUCUCCGAACAUCAACAUAUUUCGCGAUCCGAGAUGGGGCCGAGGCCAAGAAACUCCCGGAGAAGAUCCAUUCCUCGCCAGUGUAUAUGGCGCUGCGUAUGUAAGAGGAUUGCAGCAGCGCGAAGAUGGCGAUUCAGACAGCCUCAAAGUCGCGGCGUGCUGUAAGCACUACACGGCGUAUGAUUUGGACAACUGGAAAGGGAUUCAACGAUACACUUUCGACGCAUUGGUGACGCCGCAGGACAUGGAGGACACGUUCCAGCCGCCGUUCGAGAGCUGCGUAGUCGAUGGCAAUGUCGCGAGCGUCAUGUGUUCUUACAACCAAGUGAAUGGCAAGCCGACAUGCGGCGACCCCGACUUGUUAUCCGGCGUCGUAAGAGGACAAUGGAAUCUUAACGGCUACAUUGUCUCUGACUGCGAUUCGCUGAAGGAGAUGUUCUACAACCAGAAGUACACGAAAACGCCGGAGGAGACGGCGGCAUUGGCCGUAAACUCGGGUUUGGAUCUCAACUGCGGAUCCUUCCUCAGCAACCACGCCGAGGCAGCCGUCGACCGUGGGCUGCUGAAUACAACGGCGAUCGAUCGAGCUGUCUCGAACAAUUUCGCGACGAUGAUGAGAUUGGGUUUCUUCGAUGGCGACCCGAGGAACCAAUUUUACGGAAAUCUCGGCCCUAAAGACGUGUGUACGCCGACGAGCCAAGAACUUGCGCGCGAAGCUGCUCGGCAGGGGAUUGUGCUGUUGAAAAACAUCGAAGGCUCGCUGCCUUUAUCUCUGGCGGCAAUCGAGUCCUUGGCGGUCAUCGGGCCUAAUGCUAACGCGACGCACACCAUGUUAGGCAACUACGAAGGCAGCCCGUGCAAGUGCACGAGCCCGUUGCAGGGUUUAACGGCAUCUGUCAGGACGGUGUACGAGCCGGGCUGUGCGACGGUCUUGUGUCCGAAGGCUCGAGUGGAUGCUGCGAGGAAAGUCGCGGCGGCUGCUGAUGCUGUGGUGUUAGUCGUGGGCUCGGAUCAGUCCGUUGAGCGGGAAAGCCUCGACAGGACGGCGAUCACUCUACCCGGCCAGCAGCAGCUCUUGGUGUCUCAGGUCGCGAAUGCGUCGAAAGGGCCGGUGAUUCUUGUCAUAAUGUCAGGAGGAGGGAUCGACGUGCAAUUCGCAAAAGACGACCCCAAGGUCUCGAGCAUCCUUUGGGCCGGCUUCCCCGGAGAAGCCGGUGGCGCUGCCAUUGCCGACAUCAUAUUCGGAUACUACAACCCGAGUGGAAGACUACCGAUGACUUGGUACCCGCAAGCGUACGUAGAAAAAGUUAACAUGUCGGACAUGCACAUGAGAGCCGAUACCGAAAAAGGGUACCCGGGCCGGACGUACCGUUUCUACGAGGGACCAACGGUGUUCUCAUUCGCCGACGGCCUGAGCUACUCGGAAUUCAGGUACAAGUCGGUGAAAGCUCCAACGUCGGUGUCGCUUGAGUUGGAUGACGGGCACGAAUGCCUCCGGCGCAAUUCGACGGCUUGCGAAUGGGUCGAUGCUUCGACGAUGACCACGAAUACGUGCAAGAAUACGAGAAUGGAAGUCCGGGUUGUGGUGGAGAAUGCAGGGGAAAGGAGGGGAGGGCACACAGUGUUGCUGUUCUGGGAAUGGAAAUGGAAAUGGAAGAAGCUGGUAGGGAUAAAGAAGAUGGAGAUGGAGGGGUUGGGGGAAGGGGUGGGUGUAUUGGAGGUGGAUUUGUGCAGACAUUUGAGUGUUGUGGAUGAGAUGGGGAAGAGGCAUGUUCCCUUAGGACAGCAUCUUCUUCGUGUUGGGACACUCACACAUUCAUUUGUUCUUGGGAUUAUUUGAACAUUGAUUCUUGAUUUGUUUGAAUCCUCGUAUUGUCUUGUCUAUUUGUUUGAUUCGACAUCAAGAUCAAGAAAGAAUGUUAGUUGGGUUUU